AUGAGCCCAAGCAGGCCGGCCAGAGUUUCGGCACCCAAGCCCAAGUCUGUGAGGACGGGUCGCAUACGGAAAGUUCGCUCCACAGUCUCGCCUAUUAGGGCUGCCCCGCAAGUUGUGACUGCAAAUAAUGCUACGGAACCAGUCGAUGGCCAGCCUCCCGCAUGGGCUGAGUGCCGCCCAGAGCUAUGUGAUGCUCUUCCCUGGUUCCGUGCGGUUCAAGGUGGCUCUUACCAUUGCGACCAUCUGUGCUGGGGGUUCUUGCUUGACGCUGACUGUGGUACUCGCUCAUACAUCGAUGAAGAGAUCGUGCUUACAAGGGUCGGAGGAGGUUGCACUAAGGAUGCAGAAGGCAACCUCAUCCUCGUUAGGGAUCAAGGCAGCGAGGAAAGUGCUGUGAGUAGUAUCAUUAAUAGUAUGAACCUGAAAGUUCCAGUGGGCCUUAUCAUAGGGGACCGCAAUACACUUCUCGGAAGAAAGCUACCACACCGAUACAAUGUAAUGGAUUACUUUCGGGUUACGGCCGUCUGGUACGAGAGGAUCGGAGGCAAAGUGGGAGCCAAAGUUCGCUUUGAGAAGCUCAACCUCUCUACAAAGAGCUGGUGGGCAGCCAAAGGUUCCGCUGCUCCUGUUCCAUAUCAUCAGCGCCCUGAGAUUCUGGCCGAGAUCAACCAUUGUGCGGCUUGCCAUACAGCAAGUCCACGUAUAUACAACGAAGGCUGGAUGUGUCUGCAACCAACUUGCGACAGCUUCUGGACAGUCAACGGCUUCGAACCCCCUGUGGACCUUACGUUCCAUCCCAAAUUCAUCCAAGCUAGAACUCCUCCAGCUCCUGAGGUUGUUCCACACCACGAUCUGGUACCCAACUUGCUACCAACGCUAGAAGAAGACGGAGAAGGUGUCAGCUACUCUCGAAUCGCGUGGAAGGGCAUUGUCUGCCCACGUUGCCAAAAGUGCAUAUCCAGAAAGUAUUGGCACGGUUGGAAAUGUACAGAUGAGCUCAGACCAAUCUCGGAAAAGGUCGAGACAAGCUGCACAUUCGAGAAAAUGCUGACCGUGCAGCCGGUUUCUCUACGAUCUGUGAUUGAUGACUUUGGCCUUGGGCCAAAUAAACGCGCUUGUCAUUUUGACCCCAGAUUUGCCGUACCAGACAUUGAUGAUGAGACACUGUUUCCAUACAGAAAACUGACCUACCGAAUUCCAGGCGUAGGCUGCAUUACUCACUUUGUCGCCAACAGAAUAAUCAACAGUCGUCCCAACGGGCCCAACGAUCUAUUUCGACAGCUUCAGGUUGCUGACUUUGGAUUGCGUCGUUAUCCGCUACAGCAGAGUGUUGUCGCUGGAACCCUCACCGCACACUUUGCUGUGAAUUAUGGCAUGCCAUACAAAUACAUCGUUUCAGUGGACUCCAGAGGCUUCAGUUAUGCUCCGGAUGAAGUCCUGCGGGCCUUGGGUCGUUUGAGCUGGGCGACUGAGCAAGCCGUAGCAGGCAGUGGAGACCCUUUUCUUCCGCCAAAUGAGCUACUCAUGCUUGGUUACUUUGAAGACAUGAAGAUUGGUUAUCAUGACGACGGGGAGUCGUCUCUCGGACCAACGAUUGCCACGCUGUCCCUGGGGGCCAAGUCGACCAUGUCAAUUCGAAUGAAGUACAAGUACUAUAACGGCUUGUCGAAAACCAAGACACUCUUGAAAGAUGACCCCGUAUUGGUGGGUUGCCGAAUGGAAGCCGAGCGACGGAGCCUGAAGACUCAACUGGCCAAUUGCGAGAUUGACCAAGUAACAUACGAUGGUCUACGUCGCAAGGCCUUGCAGAAGGGCAAAUGCGGUGAGGCUCCUAUCUGCAUCAAGAUGGAGCUGAACCAUGGUGACUUGGUAGUCAUGCACGGCGAGAACCUUCAGAAAUACUACGAGCAUGCGGUGACUCCAGACAAGAAGCUACGCUUCGCUCUGACCGCACGUUAUAUAAAACCAGACCAUGUUGAACCCGAGCACCUGCAGAAAGGAGAAUUUACGCUGGCACCUGAUCAAAAUGGCCAACCGCCCUACUACGGCCAGUCCAGCAAUCCUACCUCCUCGUCUACGCAACCUCCAUCCUCGAGUCGCUAUGACCCCUACUCCAAUGCACAGCAACAGAGCGCGAAUCCGCAAUUACGGAGGAUGCCCAGCUAUAACGUGGGGGAUGACGCGGGUCUGUUCGGUGGAGGUUCUAGUGCUCAGCACGCCCGAACGGCCAACGGGUCUACGCGAUAUGCCGGGCAAUCCAGUAAUUAUGGCACCGAGGAUGGACAAGGGUCCUAUAGCCUUGCGAACAGCGGAUACGACGACAUCUCAGGACCGCGAUACGCGCAUAUCCCCUCCGGCGGGCCGCCGCACGUAACGCGAGACAGAACUUCAUCUCAGUCUAACUAUUCCUACCAGUACUCGUCUAUCGCCUCUCCGACGCAACCGGCCUAUAAUCCUCAACAAUAUGCCCUCCCACCUACUCCGUCGCAACAGCAGCGGGGCUACAAUUCCCUCACAUAUAGCGGCUCGAGCAGCAAUGCCUAUACCGCUGGUGCGACCGCUGCCCACCAGCCGUACAAUCCAGCAGCGUAUCAGUCGGCCAGUCUUGCUGGAUAUGGGUCCCCGACUGUGCAGCGACAGCCGAGCAUAGCGAGUUUGUACGCACAGCCCCCGCAAACAACGCAGACGUAUUCUUCUCAGCAACCCCUGCCACCUCCACCUCCUCCUCGAGGACCAGAUCAUCCCUACGGGAGCCGCGCAUCUGCCCCGUAUGGAAGCGCCUCGCCAGCAGCCCAAUAUGGCCUUUCCACUCAGUCGUCUGCAUCUCUAGCCUAUAAUGUCGCCUCCCCGCUGAGCCCUACCGCGCCGUAUCCUUCCACAAGCUCAUUGGCAGCAACAACCAUUGCAUCGACUUUAUCUCGCCCGCACUCCCACAGCUCACAGGUUCCCCCUUAUGUCCCGCAAUCGCCCCGCCACUCAGAUGCCGCUAUGGUGCCCUAUCCUGACGAGCACCCUCCAGAACCACCUGCGCACUCAACACCUGCGGAAGACUUAUACGGUAAACGACUGAGCUUUAGCCGUCGCGGGUCGGGACGGUCACUGCCUACGCCACCAAUUCAGCAAGCGCAAUCGCAAACCUCUCCGCGCCGGACAGAUACCUUGACUCGGCAUCCCCAGUCGCGACCCUUGCCCGGUCCACCAAUCGACGCGGAUGCCGAUUCAUCACCGCUCAAUGAUCUCAAUGGGGUCGGUAGUCUAGAUCCGCGGUCGGAGCAACCGGUAGGUUAUGACGAUUUGAUGAGGGAAGUGGAAGCGGCUGUGAUAGACCGUCGUAUGAGCCGGGAGACACGCUAUGACACUAGACCGCUGCAUGUUGACACUCAGACCUCAAGUCAAGAAUACGACUCUAGUCCUCCCUUCACUGCCACCUCGAGUAUGCGUUUGUCUCCUGACGAGGGGCACACGCACACAAAUGGAACACUGGCGACGGGCACAGGCCAGUAUGUUAACUAUGAUGCGUACAGCGACGACAGUGAGGCGGAAGCCGCGGCCGGGCUGGCCAUGCUGCAGAUGGCGGACGAAGAGGACAGGAUCCAGGCUGAGCGGGAGCAAGCGCGCACACGGCGGGAGACUAAUGCAUCGAUCAUCAGUGCUUAUGGAAGCCAUUCAUCGGCGCGAGCGCCAUCACCUCGCCAAGACUCUCGUCAAGAUGAAGUCCAUUCCACGCACAAUGCGACAUACGGCGGCAAUUAUUAUGGCCGCUAUCACUACGAUGGUGAUGACACAGAUGCACAUGCUGAUGAGACUCGCAAUGAAGGCGUAGAUCAAGACACGGGGCUUGCCCCCUCCGGCUCGCUCCGAAGCUCCAACGUUUCUGCGGAUGACCGCGGCGAGUACUCGGACGAUUAUGACUACUAUUCCAUACCUCAUGAUCAAGUGCACCAAUACUACGAUUACAUUUCCCCGGCGCGGGUCGAUGCUGCAGGCACUGGUGGUCUGUCAGAGCCAGGCGCCUACGAGCGUCGCAUGAGCUUCGAUUACGGCGACGAGGCAGAAGCCUAUCCCGAUGAUGUACAUCACUCGGGAAGUGAAGGAUCAGAUGCCGGAGGGAUACCAGGGGAACUCUUUUUCCAUCCCGGGAUGCGGCCGCUGCCACCGGCCCCCGUUGAGCCAGCGAAUAAGGCAGAUCUUAUCCCCCAUCUGAUGCCGGCUGGAACAUAUAGGCACCAGGAAUCAGAUGAAUACCAGGAACAAACCCAGUAUACAAGCCCUCAGUACCCUGUUUCUGCGGAUUCGUUUGCGUCGACCGUGUCCACACCGACAUCUCAAGUGCCACGGUCGACGUCUCUGUCAAGUCAUCCUAUUGGACCUCGGACUGACCCCCCUAUCAGAUCCAAGACCGAUGCGGAUCGGGCGAAGUACAAGCAGCAGCUGGAUGUGCUUCGACAGCAACAGCAUGGCGCCUUCAAGCUUGACGCUUCCCAAGAGGCUCCUGCGAUACCCCUGGACCUACCCACGAUCCCUGCGGGACGUCGCAAGAAGUUCCAUCCGGCUAAACUGUCCUCGGAGCAAUUCAGGAAAUGUGUAGAACCUUGGGCGCUCAGCGCCAUUAUUGCUUGGAUUCGCGAUCUGUGCGAAGAGGAGACCGAUCUGAGAAAGUCGGCCAUUGUCGACGCGAUUGUCGCUUUGUUUACUCACAAAGUGCCGACGAUGAAUAUCGCGGAUGCAGAAACACUGGCGGCGCGAGUCGUCGAGAAUAUGCUGGAACAGGGGGCCCUGGUGAAGGAAGAGGAAUGGGUCAAGUUCGGCAGUGGGACCCUGUCGGGAGUCUUAUUUCAGAUUACAGGCACUGGUUGCUAUUCGCCUUUGCUACAUGAACAGGAGACUGAAAUACUCGGACGCUGCUAUUCGCACCACUGCAUGCGAACGCUGAGGAAGGUGAACCUGAAGGCGCAGAAGAUGGCACCGCAGAAGAAGGUCGAGGACUGGGUCACAUUCUACAAGGUUCCGAAGGAAGUGUGGGAGGCUUAUCCGAAGAAAGAGGUGGACCGCCAGAACAAUCUGCACGAGAUCGUCACGACUGAGGAUGCCUUUAUCGGACAGCUGGACGUCCUUCGUGAACUCUACCGGGACCAGUUGGCCAAUAUGCAGCCUGCCAUCAUUCCGCCGAAGAGAUUGCCGAAGUUCUUGAACGAUGUUUUUGGAAAGGUAGACGCGGUCAAGAAGGUGAACGAAGAGUACCUGCUCGCGCAGCUCAAGUACCGUCAGAAGGAGCAAGGGCCGUUCAUUGUGGGCUUCAGUGACAUCUUCAGGGAGUGGAUUCGAAAGGCUAAGACGGUGUAUAUCGACUACGCGGCGACUUUUCCGCACGCCAACUACCUUGUUCGGAAGGAGACCGAGAGAAACGCUCAUUUCCGACAGUUUUUAAACCAAGCUCGUGAGCACAAAAUGUCGAAUCGUCUGAGUUGGGAUACCUAUCUCAAAGCUCCCAUUACUCGGAUUCAGAGAUACACCUUACUUUUGUCGACCGUCCACAAGAACAUGGUCAAGGACUCGGAGGAAAAGACGAACCUGGCGCAAGCUAUUGAAGAGAUCAAGGUCGUGGCGCUGGAAUGUGAUAACAAGGUCGGUGAAACAAGCAAGAAGGUCGAUCUGAUGGAAUUGUCUGCCAAGCUGCAGCUUAGACCGGAGAUGAAGAAGGAAGUAGAGCUGAACCUGCAGCACCUUGGUCGCGAGAUGAUCUAUCGGGGAGACUUGCAGCGCCCUGGUACACGCACUCGAUUCCUCGUGGACACCCAUGCCAUUCUUUUCGACCAUUACCUCGUCCUUGCCAAACUGUCCACCACCCGCGAUCCAACGAGGGGCAUCAAAUAUGAAAGCUACGAUGUGUCCAAGCUGCCGAUUCCAAUGGACCUUUUGGUGCUUGAGAGCACAAACGAUGAUCCCGUCGUCAAGUCUUCCGUCCGGGGGGUUUCGACGGUCACUCCACCGCAAGCCGCGACGCGUGGUGCAGGCGCUGCGCCUCUCAUACAUUCCAAUAGCGGCAACUCGGGCAACUCGGCGACAUCUUCUUCCGGUAAGACAUUGGUAGCAAGCACGGUGAUUGACAGUUCCAAAGACGACAAGAUCCUAUACCCGUUCAAGGUCAAACACCUCGGGAAGAAUGGGACCUAUACGCUAUACGCAUUUUCCGCGCAGAACCGGCAGGAGUGGUGCGAAAAAAUAAUGGAAGCUAAGACGAGACAUGCUGCUGCUCUCUUCGCGCAGAACGCCGAGCCCUUCCGACUUCGUGUGCUGGCCGACACAGCCUUUGCCUCUUCCGAUCAUUCUGGUAUCUCCAAGAGGACAGUCACCAUCAAAGGCACCCCCCUGGACCGAGCUGUCCGGGAAGUUGAGGAGCGGUAUAGCGGUUCAAAGACUCGGCCUGUGCCGGUUUGCAGAACCAAUGUCCAUUGCGCGACUGUAUUCCAGCAGCCUCCAGGCCGGAUGAUGUGUGCGGUCGGUACUGAUUACGGCGUGUACAUUUCCGAAUACAACGACCCUCGGGGUUGGGCUCGAGCCAUCCCGAUCAUACGAGUGACGCAGAUUGCGGUAUUUGAAGAGUUUAAUCUCUUCCUGCUGAUAGCUGAUAAGUCCCUGAUCGCGUAUCACUUGGACGUCGUGUGCCCUGCAAGUGGCGUGUCCUCGCAAACAACAAAGGACUCUGCUCGCCGGGCGCCGCAGAAGCUGUCCGGAAACCGAGAAGUUGGGUUCUUUGCAGCAGGCCAUAUGAAAGAUCGCACUCUGGUGAUGUACAAGAAGCGUGAUGGACUGUCGUCCACCUUCAAGGUGCUGGAGCCCGUGCUACAAAAAUCCGCCACCAGCAAGAGUCGACUGUUCCAUACCCGUCGCUCGCAGACCGAGUUCUUCCGUGAAUACGACGAGUUCUACAUCCCAGCCGAGAGCUACGGCAUCAACAUGUUCCACUCCUCCCUGGCCAUCUCCACGCAGCGGGGCAUCGAGAUUCUCACCCUCGACAAGAAGCAAACCUGGUCCGUACCCGAUUUCCGGUCCGAAGCCCCGGAGGCACAAGCACAGCUGAGCAGCAUCGCCCACCGCAUCAGUAACCUGCGCCCCCUGGGCAUGUUCCGACUAAGCGACAGCGAAUUCCUCGUCGCGUACACCGAUUGCGCCGUGUACGUCAACAAGCACGGCGACGUAUCCCGCAGCGUCAUAAUGGAGUUCGUCGGCCGCGCGCAUUCGGCCUGUCUGUACGGGAAGUUCCUCAUCCUCUUCAACGAGGACUUCGUCGAGGUGCGCAACGCCAUGAACGGCCGGCUGAGACAGGUCAUCCCGGGCCACAACGUGGUUUGCCUAGACGACGGAAGCAGUCUGCCCGGGUCCGGGGCGAACAGCGUCCCCACCAACUCGGGGGCCUCGGUCAACCUGGCCAGCGGGCUGUCCAACGGCGUCGCGCUGGCCAGUAAUGGCCGGACCGUCAAGAUCUGCAUGCAACAUCCAGAAUACGAGCGGAGUCAGCUCGUGCUCGAGCUGAUUGAGAACGAGGGACAGAAGGAGUAA